GCACCAACCAAUUCCAAAUUGGGCAAUGGUGAAGGGAUUUUACGAACCAGGAGCGCAAGACACAAAUUUUCGUCGUACUUGGGACAAGGAGGAGCCAAGCACUCGGGUUCUGAAGCGGAGCAACCUCGGGAUCUGCUAAAGGCCCGUACGGAAAGGGUCGUUCUGGAUACAAACUUAAAUAAGAUCCAGGUCGUCCAAUCCACCGGUCUCGCUUCCAAGCAACCGGGAUUCCAUUGUAAGGAGUGCGAUUGUGUUGUCAAAGACAGCGUAAAUUUUUUGGAUCAUAUCAACGGAAAAAAACAUCAGCGUGCCCUGGGAAUGACGAUGAAAGUUGAGCGAAGCAGUUUGGAACAAGUUAAGGCAAAGAUGGCCGAAUUGAAGAAGAAAAAAGAGGAAGGUCCCGAGAUUUAUGAUUUUGAUGCGCAGAUAGAGAAAUCUCAAAAACAAGAGGAAGAGGAAAAAAGGCGUAAGAAGGAACGCAAAAAAGCAAAAAAGAAAAGCGAGUCGGGAAAAAACGACAUUAAUGGUGAAUCAGGAAAAGAUGAUGCUAAUGAAGAGGACAUUAAUCCCGAAAUGGAAAAGCUAAUGGGGUAUGGUAUAACGAGUUUAAUGCAUUUCUAUCUUGACUACAAUGUGUUGACCAUAAAAAUACAACGUUUCUAUGCAAUCAAUAGAUUUGGCAACUUCGGAUCAACUAAAUCAGGAUAG